AUGGAGGCUCAGCAGCUUCCUUACCUGCUGAAGUUGGUCAACAACUUAAAAGAGCCCAGAAAAAGAUCGCAGAUCUUCUGUAGGACAUUGGUCGACUCACAGAUGAGCUGCAGAGGAAGGACUCACUCCUUCAAAUCUCGGCUCCCGGCGUUGUCCAGCUGGUUGGAGAGCACACAGACCAGCAAGCUGCCACAGCAUAGCGUUGCCACUGCAAUGAGGGACACCAUCAUCUGGGCGCCUUCCUCCUCCACUUGUCAGUGGCCCUCCAGCUCUACUCCCAACAAAGGGGCCCCCUGGUCUGAGGUAGUGGUCCUCAGUCAGAAGAAGGCUCCUAGUUGGGCUCCAUGUGGGGUUUCCUCCUCCGUCUGCAUCCCCCUCUCCAACAAAUAUUCAGCUCUAUACAUGAGUGCUCUAUCCAUGAGAGCCACUGGACCAGGGCCCUGCUGAUCCCAAGGCCUCUCCGAAGGAUGCUGCUCCCCAGCUGACAGACACCACAGCUUUCCCUCCACUCAUGGCUGCCUGUGCCCCACCAGAUCGACGUCCAGCACCGGGCCAUCCAGCGCCGUGCCACUCGCCUCUGUCCCCCUGUCCCUCAACCCAGCGGAGGCGGCACCUCAAGGACGCGGUGCGAUGGCAGACUGGACGUCCUCAUCCCCGGGCGCUUGACAGGGAGGACGGGUCCACCAAGCCAGCCGCCCCCCUCAGGCAACAGGCCACGACACUAGUCAUCGGGGACUCCAUCAUCCGGAACAUCUGUCUGAGGGGAGUGUUCACCCUGUCUUUUCCCGGCGCCACUGUUGCAGACAUAACUGAGAAAAUCCCAAGCGUCCUGAAUUCACAUCCACAGGUAAACAGGGUUGUCAUACAUGUGGGCACCAAUGACACCUCCAGACCGAGCUUUUAA